AUGGCUUUCUACCGCCAUAUGAUUAGGGCUAGGAUGGCAAUGCACCACCCGUGGCAGCUCACUAGGAGGUACGGCCGGAGUAAAGGUUCAAUGCUGCCAUUUUUUACCUCGAAGGAGUCAACUAUACAACGGCGUUAUAGGUGCAGCUUAUCUUGGAUGUUUCUCCGUGCCGAUCAUCAUUCGCUUGGGGGGCUUGUGGCCAGAUGUACUAUGGGAGGGGAGGAAUGUGAUGUUGUGAUAAUGCAAGACAAGAAUCAAGCUAGUGUACCAGUGAGUGGUGUGGAUAAGGACGACUACGGCAGAUGA